CUAGCUAGCUACACAGUACAAUGGUAGUCGUCGGAAACCGAAAGCAGCUAAUGUCAUUGCUCCUCCUCCUAUGCAUGAUCAUCUCCGGCGUUGUUAUCCCGCCGCCUUGGGCGGAGGCGCAGGUAACGUGCCCUGGCCUCGUCAACACACUUUUACCAUGCGCGAACUACGUAUUGAACGGUGGGGAUAUACCGGCGACGUGUUGUCCAGCCGUGAAAAAGGUGGAGGACAGUUUAAAAACAAAGCAAGACAGACAGAGCGCGUGCCAGUGCGUGAAAGAGACGUUUGCUAAAGCCAAGCCAGACCAGCUGAAACGGGCUCAAGAUCUCCCAGCUAAUUGUCAUCUCCCGGCCCUUCCAUUUCCGAUUAGCCCUAACGUCGACUGUUCAUCUAUUUCAAAGUGAAUUAAUUAAAAGAAACUUUUUUAUUGGAAU